UGGAACUGGUUGCUCUCAUGGCUGCUGUGGAUCCUGCCGUGACCCCCGAGGAGGUGGCUCUGCUGGAGCUGGGGAAGGUGGCCCUGGACAAGGUGCCACCAGCCCCAGAUGAACACCUGGGAGACCCUGAUGCCACCCUGCCAUGGGACCAGUGUCAGCACAAUGCCCAGGGCCAGCCAGAGCUCAUGGAGACAAAGAGGCGCUCGAGUCCUGAGGGGGGCCAUGAAGACCCAGAGGAAGCUGUUCCCACCUGCCCCACAGCCGAGGCCGAAGAUGAGGAAGUCCCCCAGCUGCCUGUGAUGGCAGCCCACGUCUUUGUGCCCAUUGACCCUCAGUGCAUCGAGCAGAAUCCCUUCAAGCAGAAGCAGCACCCGACCCCAUGGCCCCAGGAGGAGGGCAGGGGGGACCAUGUUCCCCCCAGUGACAGACCCAGUAGCCACCACCACAAGCAGGUCUUCUUCCCCCUUGGCCCUUCGCGCUACCGGGACCCACUGGGCUUUGAGGGGCGCGUGGUCAAGCCCCCAGCUGCGGAGUCCCAGUGCCCAUGUGCCAGGGACUGUGGCACUGAUAAUCUCAAGGCUGUGGCAUCGGUGGCAGGGGCCCUGCUUCUCUGCCCUUGCCUCAUCUAUGGAGCCUACAUCUUCUUACCCUUCGAUGCCCCACUGCUGCCCACCACCAGCGCCCGCCUGGUCUACACAUUGCGCUGCACCGCCUUUGCCACCUUCCCCAUCGUGCUGGGAAUGAUCGUCAGCGGCAUCUCCCGCCUCUGCUCCUCCGCCCUGGAGCCCUUCGGAGAGCUCCACAGGGAGGUGGAGAUCCACCGCACUUACGUCUCCCAGUCUGUCCACCUCUUCAUCCUCUACUUCUUCAACAUGGCUGUUCUGGCCACCUACCUCCCACAGGAGCUCCUCAAGCUCAUUCCACUGCUCACAGGGCUCUUCGCCAUCUCCCGGUUGAUUUUCUGGGUGUCCUACGCCAUCGGCCGCUCCUUCCGUGCCUUCGGCUUCAGCAUGACCUUCCUGCCGCUCCUGGCCAUGCUGAUCUGGAACCUGUAUGGCUUGUUCAUCCUGGAGCCUGAGAGCCUCCUCUCUGUGGCAGCACCAACAUCUGAGGGCCACUCCAAGGAGAGCCGAGCCAAGCUCCGGCACUGGGGGUGAGGGAGGCCAGGAGAUGGGGUGCCUGAGCCCUAAAAGCUUGAGCCUUCCUUAAUGCCCUGCCUCAAGAGUCCUGACAGCACAGGACUAGCAGAUCCAGCUGUGCCCCUGCUCCCUGCCUGGACACAGUGAGGUUUUGCUGGGCUCA